GCCAUAAAUAUCUUCAGGCCCCAGCUGUUGUACACUGAACGCUCGCCUGUCAACACACUUGGCUACCUGAACUUGCUGCCUCUUGACGCCACAAACAUGAAGUCGCUCAUCACCGCCCUCGCCCUGAGCCAAGCAGCAUGGGCUGCGCCAUCUCUUCCCAUUCGGCUGGAGACGAGGACAUCCCUGAGCUCGCGUCUUGCCAACGUCCACCUCUUGUUCGAUGAGCCAGUUGAUGGUCUAAUCAGGUUCACAUACGGCUCUUGCUCUUCGAUUGGUGAGCAUGAUGCCCACCACAUGGUCAGCCAAGGUUUCUCGUCCCAUGACAGACUCGUCUGGAUCAUACCUGAGGAAGUCACCUCUGGCGGCUGCAUUUCAGCAUGGGGUUCUUCUGGCACUCUCCUGGGCCGUAGCGAGAAGCAGCAAUUCGACAUACAGAACCGUCGACGCAGCCUCUCAAAGCGCGGACCCUACAGCAUCACGAUGACGAACGAGACUGGAAUUGACCCCUGGGGGCCAUGGUUUGACGGUGUUGAGCUACUGAAGAGCAAGAAUAUGAGCGCCGUCGAUGUGUCGAAAGCGAAGAGCAAGGAUGUUGCCAUCGUCGGCGCCGGCAUGUCCGGUCUCAUGACCUACUUAUGCCUGACACAGGCCGGUCUGACCCACGUGAAGAUCAUUGAGGCGGGUGAGAGAUUAGGCGGCCGCGUACACACCGAGUAUCUGUCCGGCGGUCCGUUCGACUACAGCUAUCAGGAGAUGGGACCCAUGCGGUUCCCCAGCACCUACACCCUGGACAACGCCACAUACAACAUAACGGAUCACCAACUUGUUUUUCAGCUUGCCGAGGAGAUGAACAAGCUAAACGGCCAUGAUAAAAACUUGUCGGUGGACUUCAUCCCCUGGUACCAGUCGAGCAGCAACGGAUUGCACUACUACAACGGCAUCCGUCUCCCCAACGGCAUGCCCCCGACAACGGCUCAGGUGGAAGCGAACACGUCGCUGGAGACCCCAUCCAUCUUGGACAAGUCAACCCAACAUCUAGAGACAGCGAUCGAGCGUGCUCUGCCAGGGGCCGAAUUCUACGUUGCGAUGGCGAAGAACAUGUUCAAGGCCCACCGCGAGUUUUUGGAUGGCGGUCUGGAUGGCCUCCCCGGCGAUCAGUGGAGCGAGUUUGCCUACAUGGUGAACUACCUAAAGGCUAAUCUGAAUGACACGGAUAAUGUCAGUGGUGGGUCGAGUGCGGUUUCUUUUUGGGACGAGUUGUACGACGGUCUCUAUUUCAGUGCCACUACCUGGAAGACUAUCGACGGCGGACUCAACCGGCUUCCCCUUUCAUUCCACCCGCUUGUCGACAGGGUCACCACCAUGAACCGUACCGUCGAACGAGUGCAGUACUCGCCCUCGUCCUGCAAAAAGAAGGUAACUCUGCAGUCGCGCAACAGCUAUAGCGAGACGCUUCAAAAUAGCACUCACGACUACGCGGUGCUAGCGGUGCCGUUCUCCAUCUUGAAAAAGUGGCGCAUCGAUGGUCUUCCCAUCACGAUGCAAAAUGCCAUUAAUAAUGUCCCGUAUACGGCCGCCUGUAAGGUUGCACUCGAGUUCAAGACCCGUUUCUGGGAGCACUUCGAGAACCCCAUUUACGGAUCUUGCUCCACAAGCACAGACAUUCCCGGUAUCGGCAGCAUCUGCUACCCAUCGUACAACAUCAACGGCACCGGUCCGGCCACAAUGAUCGGAUCUUACAUAUCCGGGAGUCAGUGGGGCGCGCGUUGGGUUGCGACGCCGGAGCAGGAGCACGUCGAAUACGUCCUCAACGCCAUGAUCGAGAUCCAUGGCGACGUCGCUCGCGAGCAGUACACUGGCAAGUAUAACCGACGAUGCUGGAUGCUCGACCCCCUCGAGUCUGCUAGCUGGGCUUCUCCCCUGGUCGGACAGCACCAGCUCUACUUGCCGGAGUACUUCAAGACUCACAACAACAUGAUAUUUGUUGGUGAGCACACAAGCUAUACCCACGCUUGGAUCUCGUCCGCUCUAGAGUCUGGCAUUCGUGGUAGCGUUCAGCUACUGCUCGAGCUCGGCUUGGUCGACGAGGCUAAGGCAACGGUGGAAAAGUGGAUGGCGCGGUGGAUAGAAGUGUAAAUACCGGAUGCUUACUCUGAUUCAAACUGUUAGAUGAGCAGGGCAAUCUAGCGCUGUUUGCCUUAAGGAGCUUGAAGAGAAUAGACGUAAUAUAAGUAGCAAUGAAGAAUAAUUAGACGAGUGACUCCUG